UGUGUGCAGAGGGCGGGGUCGGUUCCGCUGCAGUAGAAGAAUCAAAGAACUGGGAUAUGAAAUGAUGAUAUAAUUUGAUAUAGCCAAGAAACCACUUCUCCUGGGUCAGCAUGUUAAAAAAUAAGGGUCAUUCAUCUAAACAGGAUAACUUAGCAGUCACUGCAGUGGCUUUACAAGAUCACAUGUUACGUGAUCUUCAACUUGGAAAUCUUUCAAUAGCAGAUCAUUCUAAGACAAAGGACAAAUGUACAAAUGUACAUUCUUGGACAGAGAACAGAUCCAAGUCUCUAAAAAGAAAUACAAAAGCAACAAUAGAUACUGGACUUAAAAAAACCACACAAGGCCCUAAAGCGGAAGAUCCAGAAAAAGAAUACGUUCUUGAUCCAAAACCACCACCACUAACUUUAGCACAGAAGCUGGGCCUCUUUGAGACUCCCCCAUUGCCACUGUCAUCAGACGAAUGGGAAAAAGUGAAGCAAAGAUCCAUCCUGCAAGGGGAGUCCAUGCAGCCGUGCCCAAUAUGCAAAGAAGAAUUCGAACUUCGCCCGCAGGUGCUGCUUUCAUGUUCCCAUGUGUUCCACAGGGCAUGCCUUCAGGCUUUUGAAAAGUUCGGAAAUAAAAAAACCUGUCCUCUCUGUAGAAAGAACCAGUAUCAAACCAGAGUGAUUCACGACGGGGCCCGACUCUUCAGAAUAAAGCGUGCGACCAGGAUCCAGGCCUUCUGGAGGGGACACGUGGUCAGGAAGUGGUACCGGGAGCUGAGGAGGACGCUGCCGCCCACGGACGCCAAGUUGAGGAGAAAGUUCUUUGAAGCAAAGUUCACAGAAAUCAGCCACCGCCUGCUGUGCUCUUACCACACGGACAUAGACGAGCUCUUCUCAGAGAUCGACCGCUGCCUGGCCCUCAACCGCAGCGUGCUGCAGCAGCUGGAGUACACAUGUGGCCACGAGCUCACGGAAGAGGACUGGGGGAAGAUCCAGACACAGGAGCCGUGAAAGAAC